CCGCCAUUUCAAAAAAUUCCUGCUCCUUAUUUCAAUAUGUUCCCGCUAAAACUACUUCCCCCAAUCUGGGUAAAAAGACCUACUCACUCGCCUGCGGCCUGCAGUGUUCUUCCUCGAGUCACCGGAACAGAGUACUCCGCCGCAUCUAAUAAUUCCCGAUUAUGAUGAAAGCGAAGAACCGAAAAGCAGACCAGGAUAUGAAGUCGACGGCAAAUCCUAACCUCACACCCGCCAAAACUGUCAUUCACAUCGGCGGUAUUCCGGUGGAGUUUCCCUUCCACCCGUAUGGCACGCAGCUGGCAUUUAUGAAUAGGGUUAUUUCGACCCUUGAUCGCGCGCAAAGGGAUGGCCGGUCACACGCGCUGCUCGAGUCUCCUACCGGUACCGGAAAGUCGCUUUCCCUUCUCUGCUCUGCACUAGCUUGGCAGCAGAACUUCAAGUCAAAGAUCCGUUUUUCCAAUCUCAGCCACUCAAAACCCGACCCGGAGGCCCUAUCUGAUCCCAUUGGUCAUGGUGGUGGAUUUAUUCCGGAAACAGAACCCUCAGGAAACCCAGAACCAGCACCAUCAGUCACGGCAGCUGGAAAUAAUCGGAAGACAGCUGCAGUUGGGAAGAACGGGAAGAAGAAGUUGGCGCCCACUAUUUUUUAUGCCACGAGGACCCAUUCACAAAUUUCUCAAGUAAUCAGAGAGUAUAGGAAGACGUCUUAUCGGGUCCCAAUGGCUGUGCUUGCAUCACGAAAACAUUACUGUACAAAUAUGAAUGUACGUGGGAUGGAAAAUGUUGAUGAACUAUGUAAGUCAUUGCUAAAAGGAAAUGAUGCAAGCUGCUAUGAAUUCAAAAAUGCUCAUAAGGUCAAAGGUCAUCCAUCUCUCCAGAAAGGAGCUUGCCAUGAGGCUCAUGAUAUCGAAGAUCUUGUCAAAGUUGGACAAGUUGUUAGAGGAUGUUCGUACUUCGCAGCACUUUCUAUGGCUGAUGACGCGGAGCUAGUUUUCUGCCCAUACAGCUAUAUCAUUAACCCAGUUAUUCGGAAAGCCAUGGAUGUGGAUAUCAAUGGGGCAAUCAUUAUUUUUGAUGAAGCCCACAAUAUAGAAGAUAUCUCCCGAGAUGCUGGUAGCAUAGAUGUAGAGGAAGACGUCUUUCUUCAAUUGUUGACCGAGCUGGAGCAACUUGCACUUAACGAUGCGAUGACUUACCAACCAUUGAUAGAAAUGGUGCAGGAUAUUAUUAAUUGGAUUGACAGAAGGAAAAACAGCCUAGGAAGGCAUGACUUUCAACACUACUUUUCAGGUUGGACUGGUGAUAAAGCUUUAAAGGAGUUAGAAGAAGCAAAUGUGUCAAGACAGUGCUUCCCAAUAUUACGAGAGUGCGCUACAAAGGCAAUCAGACUGUCUUCUGAUACAGAGUCUGAUGUACCUCAACUGACCGGAAAAGCAGCAGCUGUUCUGGAAGGGUUGUUUUCUUCACUUAGUUACUUCUUCUCAGAGGAUGGGGCUCAUGUAUGUGAUUUUCAGCUAGUAUUGCAGCGUCAUAUUAAAAGGGUUGCUGGAAGUGCUGUUAAUGGUUGGACUCACACAUUUAGCUUAUGGUGCUUGAAUCCAGCUGUUGUCUUCAAAAAAGUGGCUGAUCUUUCUCUAUCUGUUAUUCUUACAUCAGGGACUUUGUCACCCAUGAACUCCUUUACAUCUGAACUUGGUGUUCCUUUUAAUACUUCACUGGAAGCUCCACAUGUUAUAGACACUGAGUCACAGUUAUGGGCUGCUGUAAUCUCCAGAGGCCCUAGAAACUAUCCACUGAAUGCAAGUUAUAAAACAGCAGAUUCAUAUGCCUUCCAGGACUCACUUGGUACAUCUAUAGAAGAAAUAUGCAAGGUUGUUCCAGGUGGCUGUCUUAUAUUUUUCCCUAGCUAUAAACUGAUGGAGAAAUUAAGAAGUCGCUGGCAGGAAACAGGCCAAUGGGCUCGCGUUAAUGCUAGAAAACCGCUUUUUGUUGAGCCACGAGGAAGCCAGGAAGAGUUUGAAUCCGUUUUGAAAGGUUAUUAUAAAUCAAUUCACCAAGGAAGUAAACCAGGCUUGGGAAGAAAGAAAGUCAGAAAUUCUGGCAAGAUUUUAGCAAGAUCUUCUGAAGAUUACAAGAAAGAAGCAGCUUUUCUUGCAGUCUGCAGAGGAAAGGUUUCUGAAGGUAUUGAUUUCUCCGAUGACAUGGCUAGAGUGGUUAUAGUUGUUGGGGUCCCCUUUCCAAACAUAAAUGAUAUUCAAGUUGCUCAGAAGAAGAAAUUCAAUGAUACAUACAAGCUGUCCAAAAGCCUUCUUAGUGGAAGUGAUUGGUACUGCCAGCAAGCAUUCCGAGCUGUUAAUCAGGCUACAGGCCGCUGUAUUCGACAUAAAUUUGAUUAUGGAGCUAUCAUUUUUUUAGAUGAGCGCUUUUGUGAGGCAAGAAAUAGGGGAUACAUUUCAAAGUGGCUGCGGAAUUCAAUUAAAGAAUACGAAUGCUUUGAGGAUUCAUUGGAUGGGUUGAAAUCCUUUUUCAGAGAUGUGAAGGAACAUAUUGGGAAACUGACAGAUGCCACACAAAGCUCUGUUGCUAAUCUCGAGGUUACACCUUGUUCAAGUAAGAGCCAGAUAUCUGCGAAAAGCAAUCAGAUAUCAAAUGUUUCAACUUUGCCAAGGGAAGAUGCUGAAGAAAGUGUUGCAAAAAGAAAUCAGGAACCACCUGGCCUACCCAAACCCUUGAAGAUGCUCUCAAUAUGUGAUUCACCUUAUAAUGGAGUGAGCCCUGAUAUUCAGGGCUAUAGGUCUACAAACAAAAAUAACUCUAAAGACAACAAAACUUAUAUUGAUUUAGAAUGUGAUUCUCCAAAUGGCCCCAGGUGUUAUGGAGAAGCAUUGAUGGCAGCUUACAUUAGUGACCCAGAAGAAUCAGCUUUUGGAAAGGAAACUCCUAGUAUCAGUGGCACUCUUCAUUCUACCUCCCCCCAAUCAUUCUCUAUUGAAUAUUCCAAUUCAACAGUAAUUCAAGCAUCUGUUGAACAUUUAAACAACUUGACAUGUGAUAGUAUGACCAUACAUGAUCCAAAGAUGAGCCCUGAAUCAAAAUGUUAUAUGGUCACACCUUGUGCAGCACGUAAUGGUAUAACUCCUGAUGUAGAAAGUAUAAACUCCCAUGCAGAAAAAAGGAGAAAACACUUCGAUUUAUCCUCUGUUAGCCACCUCAAUGUAGAGAAACUUGAUUCUACAGUCGCUACCACUCCUGUCAAUGAUUACACCCAGCCACGCUUAAGGGAGACCAAAGGUGAAAACAUGGGCACCUAUUGUGAUUCCUUGGUCAAUACAUCAUAUAACUAUGGGUCUAAAUUUCCUAGGUCAGGAACCCUGAAUCAUUGUGAUAAAUUACAUGUGAAGUCUACCCUUGUUUUGGACAAUAGACUACAAAUUUUUUGCUCAAGCUGCACAAGUGCAUUGGGUCUUCCUGAGAACAACUUAAUAGUUCAUUGCUCAAUCACUUCAUCAACAAAGAUUCAUAUAAAAUCACUUUGGCAGAAGAAAUCAGACCUUGAUUUGGGAACAUCAAGCAUUCCUAUUUUGAUAACCGAUAUGGAAUCGAUUGAUCAUCGAAUCUACAAUAUAACUUGUGAAAGUGCUCCUUCUGAGGGGAUUUGGUGUAAAGAUGAUGGAUGUGUAUUCAAAGCUAUUUUCUGCCCAUUCUGUGUCAAACCAACCAAUCUUGGUGUACAGGUCAUGGCUGCUGAUGCAUCAAAUAUCCAAUUUCUUAACAAGAUACUAUUCUAUUCUGAUUCCCUCUUGAUAAAGGCCACUGAUUCAUCAAAACUGGAUUUGCCCCCAUGUCCCGGUGACUCUAGCACCAUUAAGAGUUUCUCUUCCACUCCUUAUAAGAGUUCAACAUGCUCUAGCGCCAGUCCCAAAGCUGACCCUGGUACUAUAGAAAGUUUCUCUUACACUCCAGAUGAAAAAAGAGCUACAGGAUGGAGGACUACUAAGUCAAAGAUGCGACUUCCAAAGAGAGAGCGGUUUUAAAUGCUUUCUACUUAGUAAUUACAAGAAUUGCUGUUGAGUCAAGCUCUUUCUACAAUCCUGCAUUUAGAAAGCUUCUUCCAGGCAAUUUAGGAAUGGAAUUUAAUGCACGUGUAUAGAAGGAUGCUAACCUGCUUUGGAAUCUUUGUGGAGAUUAACUGCUCUUGAGUCUUGCCAUACCAGCUUUCAAUUGAGCAGUAAGACAAAGAAUCUAAAGAUUCCUGCUUCCAGUGUCUUGGCUGAAAAAAGUCCGUUAAUCAAUUCUAUGGUAUUUUUAGCGCAGAGCUGUGGAAUUGUAAUUCAUUGCUGUUUCAUCUGUAUAGACGUAUAGUGUUUGCUCAGCUAAUCACUUGAAACCGAAAGUGAAGUUCAGUUGCCGCAGCCUUCAUUUAUUUAUUUAUUUUAUAUUCAUUUCCAUCU